GAUGGCUUCCUUGAUUCAUCCUCUUCCUGUUCGACUUCAGGUUUUAUCUUCAAAAUUCAACACUCUUUCAGCUAAAAGCUUCAUCUUUCUACCCUCAAUACCCCUUAAACCUCCUCCAAUUUCCCUCACUGUACGAGUUCGCUCUGCUCCCACACCUCCGCCGCCGGAGACCCAACGAUACAUUCUUGAUAUUCUCGACGGAGAAGAUGUCAAGUCGUUACCGUGUGUGAGGACCUACGAGAAUGACUUGGGUCGCCUCACUGUUGUUGGAGAUGUUGACUUGGAGCAGGCUCUAAUAGCAGCUGCCGCCGACGGUGGUGAGGCGGCGGAUGAACACAUUGCUCAUGGUUUGGAUGUUAUGGUGGCGGAGACGGUGUUCCCUGGCCAUUCUGAUGAACACAGCACCAUCUCCACCAGACUGUUUUUGCCAGCAAGAAAAGUCAAAGAGAGAGCUAAAGAUCUUAAAAGCUAUUUAACUGAAGACAUUCUUUCGAGCACCACAUCUACAAAUAUACUUGCUAUGACAUUCCGACAAGUGACUUUGAGACAGAUUUGGAGUUUUGAACUUCUCUUCUUUAGACCUGGAACAGCAAGAAAUAUGAAAGAUCUUGGAAACAUAAGAGAGGUCCCUGCUUCUUUCACCUUCAGUUCCUCGGAUGAACAAGCUAUAUCUAUGAUAGCAGAAGUGAUUUCCAUUUCUGCCCUUGAAAACACCAAAAAAGAUUUUCUUGAUAAUUCAUUAGGCAGAUCAUCGUUUGAUAUUUUUCGUCUGUUUCAAAAACCCGAAAAAUUCUUUUCAAAGGAUUCUUCUGUCAUCUUAUACAAAGUACUCGAAGAUGAGGUGGUUCAAGGUGCUAAAAGUCUGCUUGAAAGGUUUAAUUCAAUGAAGUCAAGUUAUAAGCCUAAAGAAAAGGCAUCGAAGUUUAACUGGUGGCCGUGGCCGGUGUUCUCUAAAUUAGAAAAAAUUGGUGGUCCUGAAUUUAGUGCAUGGGCAAGCGAGUAUGUUCCUGCCUACAGACUGCAAAUCGACAGUGACAAACUACGGGAUUUGAAGUUUGAAGGCUGGAAAGAAUCUGCUAAAAAUAGGUGGGAAGUCCUUCUUACCCACUCCCAAAUGGUGUGCUUGGCUAACAUUUUAGAUAUGUAUUACGAGGAUUUAUUCACGCUCCCGGAUAAGAAAUUGCCGUACAGUGCAGCUGCGAAUACCAACAUGCAAAUCAAGAAGACAAGUAAUUCUUUGCUGAAAAUGCUAUCUACCGUCAUCGUAAGUGGAUGCUUCCUUGUUACUGUUGGUGCAAUGGGUCAAAUUUAUAUGCCCCAUUUCCGUAAUGGGCAAAAGCAUCCCCGAGGGAAUCAAUGGUCUCAAUCAUCAUAUACUGGAUCAAUCCGACUUUGGUCCAUUGAAUCUACUAUGUUGGAAGACGUUUGUGUAUCAAUCGUCAAAAAACUUCAGGAUGUUUAUGGGUGGAGCGGAGAAAUAAGAAAAGAAAGUGGAGGUGGUGUAUCUACAGGCGAACUCCCUGACUACCUGAGAAGAAUGAUACAAGGCAAUUCAAGUGAUACCGAUAUCGCACCCACUCCAACCAAUAUAAGAGACGAAGAGAUAUUAGCAUCCGGGCAUAAAAUUGCAAGUUAUCAGAUCGUGUUAUCAUCCGAAGGGAAAAUUGUUGGAUUCCAACCCACGAGCCUUCUAGCUGUUAAUAAUUGGGCAUCAAAUCCCUUGACUGAAGAGUUAUAUGGCAGGAAGAAACUCUCCCCUGGAUUCAUAGAACCCGUGUUGAAAAUCAAACAGCCGACCGAGGUGGUUCUCUUAGAGUUGGUGAUGGCGGAAAUCAGUGGCUCACAUUUCGUGUUGGUGAGACCAGUUAAUGAGGCCGAGUAAUGGUAGGUGCGUAGUAAGAUUCAAACUCUUGACCCUUGAGGGUAAGCUCAAAUGGUAAAAUCUUGGAUUUGCUCUACGGUGGUCAUUGGGUCGACCCCCUCAUGGCCACUGCAGGUUUGCCCUGUAAGAUUAGUUGAAAUGUACACAAGUUAUCUAAAAAGACUCGAACUUUUGAGUAGGACAAGAUAUUGGCUACUUAAAUAACAUAUUCGCUUUGUUCUUUUUGA